UUAUUAAUAAAAAAAAAUUCCCUCUAUGAUCUAGUGAAAUCUGCUAAAGUACGCCUGAAGAAGUAAAGCGUAAAUCUGCUGGUGAGUUUUGUUUGCUGUAUAAAAUUAUGGAUUCAGAUAAUCAUUACUUUUCUAACAUUCGAUCCCAAAAUUUCCUUCCUCUCUAGAACCCUAAUAUAUUCGCACACAUUAGUUUCUUCCGAUAGAUUCGUUGUUACUCCAAUUCACAUAUCAGGAGUUUGUUUGGCUCCUUUUGUGUCGGGCUUACUUGUGUAAUGGCUUCUGUGUCGAGUCAGCCACAGUUUCGUUACACCCAAACCCCUUCAAAGGUGCUUCACUUGAGAAAUUUGCCUUGGGAAUGCACAGAGGAAGAGCUGAUUGAAUUGGGGAAGCCUUUUGGUAAAGUUGUCAACACAAAGUGCAAUGUUGGGGCCAACAAGAAUCAAGCUUUCAUCGAAUUUGCGGACCUUAAUCAAGCCAUUUCCAUGAUAUCAUACUAUGCUUCAUCAUCAGAACCUGCACAAAUACGUGGAAAAACAGUUUACCUGCAGUACUCCAACAGGCAAGAAGUUGUGAAUAAUAAGACCACUGCUGACACUGCAGGAAAUGUGUUAUUAGUGACAAUUGAGGGAGAUGAAGCUCGCCAAGUCAGUAUAGACUGCUUACACUUGGUUUUUUCAGCAUUUGGUUUUGUGCAUAAGAUUACAACUUUUGAGAAAACGGCUGGAUUUCAGGCAUUGAUUCAAUUUUCUGAUACAGAUACAGCAUCUUCUGCAAAGAAUGCUCUUGAUGGAAGAAGCAUUCCAAGAUACCUGCUUCCAGAGCAUAUAGGGCCGUGUACUCUCAGGAUAAAUUAUUCUGCACAUGUUGAUCUAAGUGUGAAAUUCCAAAGUCACCGCAGCAGGGACUACACUAAUCCAUUCCUUCCUGUUGCGCCAUCUGCUAUAGAUGCAUCUGGUCAGCUAGGUGUGGGUGUGGAUGGUAAAAAAUUGGAACCUGAGAGUAAUGUACUGCUGGCAUCGAUUGAAAAUAUGCAGUACGCUGUCACUUUGGAUGUUUUACACACGGUCUUUUCUGCCUUUGGAGUUGUGCAGAAGAUUGCUAUGUUUGACAAAAAUGGAGGGCUGCAGGCUUUGAUUCAGUACCCUGAUGUUCAGACAGCAGUUGUUGCAAAAGAAUCCCUUGAAGGCCAUUGCAUAUAUGAUGGAGGGUUUUGCAAACUCCACCUAUCUUAUUCCCGCCAUACUGAUUUAAGCAUUAAGGUGAACAAUGACAGAAGCAGAGAUUACACAGUUCCUUUACAUGCUGUUAUCCAACCUGCAGUUCCUGGGCCACCAGCUCAAAUGCCUGGAGCUGCUAAUGGCCCUCCUUAUAUUGGCGCACAAUAUCCAGGACCACCAUCAUCUGGAGGCUGGGCAGCAACACCACAACCACCACCACCUCAACAUCUGCACAUGCAGACGCCAAUGCAAAACUACCCAUACAUGACGCCUGGUGUGGCACCUCCUGGUCCUCCUGGCACCAUGCCACCAGGUUCUAUGCCGCAAGAAAUGCGUCCUGGGCCUGGAUCAAUGUAUAUGCAGAAUCCAAAUGGGUUGCCUCAGCCACCUGCGAUGCCUCCAUACCGCCAAUGACAGGGUUUGGGCCCAAGACUGACAUUUUUAUUAUGUAAAUUUGAGCAAGAAAAGUUCUAACUUGCAAAGCUCAAUGAUUGAUACUUUUAGAACCGUAAUAUUUUUAAAAUUUUGGAUUGUUUAAACUGUUUUAAAUUUGUAAUUCUUAAAAAUAGAUUUUAUCGAGGAGAAGGGUCUAUCAGUCUGUCCUCUUUUGUUUUCUGGGUUUCAAAUGACUUGAUUGUAAUUGUCUUGAUUUGAAAAAAGAUUGGACGACAUUUUAAAAAGGAAACAAAUUUUUCUCAACAUUGAAAUAUAUGGGAUUGGGUAUUCACUACUUGAACUGAAGUUAAAGGUGAAACUCUGGCUGAGAACAGAUUAAUAGGUAAUUUAUUGAUUUGCAUGUAACAUUGAAGUAUUCUGUAGUUUUGUGUU